AUGUACGCUCAAGCUAUCGUCGCUUUCGGCCUGGCCACCCUUGCCAGCGCCCACAUGAAGAUGAGCUCCCCUGCGCCCUACGGAGCUUCCAGCCUCAACAACAGCCCUCUCGAUGCCAGCGGUUCCGACUUCCCCUGCAAGCAGCGUACCGGUGUCUAUGAUGCUGAGGGUGCUUCCAACGUCUACGCCCAGGGUGCCGGUGGUCAGCUCGCUUUCAUCGGCUCUGCCGUCCACGGCGGUGGCUCUUGCCAGGUCUCCAUCACCUACGACGCUAAGCCCGACAAGAACUCCGUCUGGAAGGUUAUCAAGUCCAUUGAGGGAGGCUGCCCUGCCAAGAACGCCGAUGGCAACCUUGGUGACAACGCCAACCAGGAGAACCAGGACAAGUACGACUUUACGAUCCCCGAGGACAUGCCUGCCGGCAACGGUACCAUUGCGUGGACUUGGUUCAACAAGAUUGGCAACCGUGAGAUGUACAUGAACUGCGGCCCUGUCACCAUCACUGGUUCUGCUGGCUCUCAGAGCGCCUACGAGGCUCUGCCUGACAUGUUCGUCGCCAACAUCAACGAAUGCAAGAUUCAGGACAGCACCAACGUCGCCUUCCCCAACCCCGGAAAGGCCGUUGACACCUUCGCCAGCGCCUUGGUCACUGCUACCUGCGGCGGCGCUGCUGGUACUGGUGGCAGCGGUGGCUCCCAACCCACCAGCACUGCUGGAGCCGGCAACGGAGGUGGUGCUCAGCCCACUACUGCUCCCACCUCUGCUCCCGCUGUUUCCCAGCCCGCCGCUUCUUCCAAGCCCGCUGCUUCCUCCAAGCCUUCCGCCUCCAUUCCCGGCGGCGUCUUCAUCACCGUUCCCAACGGCUCCGGCUCUACCCCCACUGCCUCUGCCACUGCCUCCGUUUCCAAGGCUCCCGCUGCCACCGCUGCGCCCAGCGCCGCUCCUUCUUCUGGCACCGGCUCCGGCUCUGGCUCUGGCAACGGUACUGAGACCGGUGCUGGCGCGCAGACUGUCGGUGCCGCUUGCACUGACGAGGGAGCCUGGAACUGCAUUGGCGGCACUUCUUACCAGCGCUGCGCCAGCGGUGCCUGGUCUGCCGUUCAGCAGUUGGCUUCGGGCACCUCUUGCACUGCUGGUAUGGGCUCUUCUAUCAACAUGGUUGUGACCCGAAACGGUCGCAAGCGUGCCCUCCGCUUCCGUUCUCACGCCUAA